AAGGGUGAAGACCACGUCUUUGUUUGCCAACACUUAUCAGAUAAUAGUAUUGUUGUAAAACGGUUAAUUAAUCCAGGUGGUCAUGUAACACCGAUUGCUGCAUCAUCGGAUGAGGGCGGAACAUUCACAGCUACACAAAUGAAAUUAGAAAACUCUGUUGUUACAUGUGAGUUUACAUUAUCGAAUUUUGGUUCAAGAAGAAGACGUCAGUCAACAAUACCGCUACUUUCUCAAACAACUGAAUAUCAUCCACUCAUUGCAAUUGGACCACUCGACAGUUCAAAUGCAAUGCAGGAACAUACGAGUAAAGAAGCACAAUCACAACUUGUAUUAUUAAAUAGUCAAGAAGCAAUUGUGUACAAUAUCAAUCCAUCUGCUGCUGUUGACACAUCUACAAGCCCAUUAUCAACUACGAAUUCUGCAACUGGUGUCGAUAUUAGUUGA